AUGCCUCGUGAGGCCCAUUCUGCGGCCCCGGCCAUCGCUGGGCCGGCUUUUCUGGCCGACCCCAUCGGCACAGCCCUGUUCUCCCUUUUCGGGCAGCGGCAGCAGGUGUCGCCGCCGCCGCCGCAGAUGGCAAGGCUUCGCGCCGGAGCUCUGCCCUUGGCCUGCCCCAACAGAGAUGGCUUGAUGGCCGCUAGAAGAUCAGCAACCUUUGUGAGGGAUGGCCGGCACCCAUCCGCUCGAUGUCUCCUCGCCGGUGCACAUUCCGCCGAGCGCAACCGGCCUGUUCCUGAGGUUGGGGGACGUUGUGACCGCUCUCGUACCUGGCCGCGUCUUCGUCCCGGCUGCUCGGUAGCAGGCGCCCUGCGUACGCAACAUAUCCUUGAGUGUAACACCGAAUUGACUGUCACCAACAAUGGCCCGCGGCUGCGGCUGCGCCUGUGCGAUAACUGCUAG